AUAAAUUAGAAAUAUAUAAAUCAAGCGAGAGUUUUGACUGGUUCAGUUUACAAAAGAAGCUGUCAUAAUGCCUACACAACAGGCUUCUGAUGUUGAUAAUGACAUAAGAAUGAGAGUUGGCUAUAAUGGAGAUAUUCUGAUCACAGCUAUAACUUGUGAAAUAAGUUAUGAGGAUUUCUGUGCAGAGAUUAAAGAUAUAUGCAAGUUUGAUGACCAACAACCUUUUACUGUAAAAUGGGUGGAUGAAGAUGGUGAUCCAUGUACAGUGUCAUCACAGAUAGAGCUUGACGAAGCUAUCAGAUUGUAUGAACUAAACAAGGACUCAGAAAUCAACAUUCAUGUAUUCCCUAAUGUACCAGCAGCACCAGGUCUACCAUGUAUAGGAGAAGAUCGUAAUAUGUACAGGCGUGGUGCACGAAGAUGGAGAAAACUGUACAGGGUGAACGGACAUCUGUUUCAAGCUAAACGGUUCUCAAGGAAGGCAGUUUGUGAGUUUUGCCAAGACAGGAUUUGGGGUCUAGGAAGACAAGGUUUUAAAUGUAUACAGUGUAAAUUGCUGGUACAUAAACGCUGCCACAAACUUGUCAAGAUACAGUGUGGAACAGCCAGACCACCCAUAGUCCAGAGAGAGCCUCAGGUAAAGCUCCACCACCUUAUGCAGACAAAUGUCAAAGUCAAGUACCAGGAAUGA